UUAACUAUUUAUACAUCCAAUCCAGUUUCCGUCACUCAUUAUCAAUAAACUACUACAUCUAUUAUCUAUAUAUCACACACACACAUAAUCGUCGGCGAAGCACCGGCGCACGAGUCGUCGACCUCAACUACAUACGCAUACAUAUACACGGACUCAUAAAAGUUGCUUAAUUAUAUAUACAUAGAUAGAGAACGAGGUUCAUAUUGCAGAGGAAUGGCGAUGGUAGACGCGGAGGCGAUUGUAAAAGAACUGAGGGAGACGUACGCGAGUGGGAAGACGAAGAACUAUGAGUGGAGAGUGUCGCAGUUGAAAGCUCUGUUGAAGAUCGCAGAGCAUCACGAGAAGGAGAUCGUCGAUGCUCUUAAUUCCGACCUCUCUAAGCCUGAACUUGAAUGCUUUGUUCACGAGAUUUCUAUGAUGAAAACAUCCUGUAAGCAUGCAUUGAAGGAACUAAAACGGUGGAUGAAACCGGAAAAGGUCAAAACUUCAUUAACUACGUUUCCUUCAUCAGCUGAAAUAGUUCCAGAACCCUUCGGUGUUGUAUUGGUUAUAUCAGCCUGGAACUAUCCAUUCUUGUUGUCCCUUGAUCCAGUGAUUGGAGCUAUUGCUGCUGGUAAUGCUGUAGUUCUGAAACCAUCAGAAGUAGCCCCAGCUACAUCUUCAGUGCUUGCAAAACUUUUAGGGGAAUAUAUGGAUGUCACUGCUAUAAGAGUUGUAGAAGGCGCAGUACCCGAGACAACUGCAUUACUAGAGCAAAAAUGGGAUAAGAUAUUUUAUACAGGAAAUGGAAAAGUUGGACGGAUUGUGAUGGCGGCUGCGGCAAAGCACUUGACACCUGUGGUUUUGGAGUUAGGUGGAAAAUCUCCAGUUGUUGUGGAUUCAAACAUCAAUUUGAAGGUUGCAGUAAGGCGUAUUAUUGCUGGCAAGUGGGGCUGCAACAAUGGACAAGCGUGUAUCUCUCCUGAUUAUAUAAUUACUACCAAAGAGAAUGUGCCAAAACUGCUAGAUGCCAUGAAACUUGAAUUGGAGAAAUUUUAUGGGAAUGAUCCACUAAAAUCAGGCGAUAUAUCUCGCAUUGUGAAUGCUAACCACUUUCAUCGACUAUCAAAGUUAUUGGAUGAUAAUAAGGUUGUCGAUAAGGUAGUUCAUGGAGGUCAGAGAGAUGAAAAUAACUUAAAGAUCGCUCCUACAAUUCUUCUGGAUGUCCCAGAAGAUUCUUUAAUCAUGAAGGAGGAAAUAUUUGGCCCUCUACUUCCUAUUCUCACGGUCAAUAAAGUGGAGGAUUCUAUAGAAUUCAUUAAUGCCAGAGAAAAGCCACUCGCAGCAUAUCUGUUCACUGGCAACAAGAAACUGGAGGAGGAAUUUGUCAGGAAUAUAUCAGCAGGGGGUCUGCUGAUCAAUGACACCACUUUACAUCUUGCUACUUCCACUCUUCCAUUCGGAGGAGUUGGGGAAAGUGGAAUGGGUUCAUACCACGGUAGAUUCUCGUUUGAAGCUUUCAGCCACAAGAAGGCUGUUCUGCGUCGCAGUUUUGGUGGGGAUGUACCUGCAAGAUACCCGCCUUAUACACCUGAGAAGGUGCGAUUUCUCAAAGCCCUGUUAAAUGGAAAUAUACUCGGGCUGAUUCGUGCAUUACUUGGGUGGUAAAAGUUCACUCAACUUCAGAUAACCCCAUGAAUUUUCAAGCUAGGAUUUCUGGUCCGAGCUUGCUACUAUACUUGUAAGCUUUCCAUUUGUUGGGGAUUAUCCUAGAACUAGGUGAUCGCAGUGUUUCCACCCUCCAGGCAUAAUUUACCUUCAUAUUUCAAGUCACUUCUCUUAUUAAUGCAUCUCGGGAGAAUACUAUAUAUUUAUUUUUCUUCUACAAAAUGGUAAAGUUGUUUGAUUAUUCAUAAUAAUAGAAUUUUACAUCUCAAAUUCCAUUAUUGUAGUAUAUUUUGUUGUAAUUUUUCUGCCGUUAUGUUUCUUCA